AUGGCGGCGUUGCUGCUGCUGGUGUCAGCCGCGGCCGCCGCCAGCCUCGGCGAACUAACGAGACGGGACACCGGCGACGUGUUCACGUUACUUGGUGGUGAAUGCGGGGCGUCGCGGUGCGCGGAGCAUGGCGCUGGCGCGGCUAGAGCGGCUAGUGGGUGCGCGUGCGCAUGCCCGCAACGUGCACCACUGUUUAGAGAAGAUCGGGAACUAUGUGUUGAUGAUUUGCCAGAAUGUUCCUUGGCAACCUUCGGGACCGGCAUGGGAGUGCAGAGGAUACCAUUUGUCUAUUUACCGCUUAAAGGUCAAAUAAUACAUCCAUCAAGAGAAAUCAUCUUUCAAAAUGUGAAGACUCCAAUAUGUGCAGUGUCGGGCGCUCAAUUUCUUACUCGCAAAGGUUUUCUAGACCUAAGGAAUACGCUGGAUGCCGAUGUGCCAUUUAGUUUAUUUAGAGAUGAAGGCAGAACAUUUCUACAGUGGAGUGGUGAAGAUGAAUUGCGAACGAGAAUGUCCGGUCGGGUGAUGGUAGUUCGGUUGUUAUGCAGAGAUAUAUCAGCGACGCCAACGUCACCUCUGGACUUACGAGGUGUUUUCACACCGUGUGUGGCCUUCAGGGUGCAGGGCACACCACCUAAACAUGGCAAUAAUAUAACUGAAGUCCAAUUCGCGUUGAAUGCGCAUACAUCGGAAGUCUCUAACACAUCGGGUCUCACCGUCACUGAAUAUAUCGCUAUUGGCAUUAGUUCCUUACUUCUCGGUCUCAUUUAUGUCGCAUCUGUUUUUCUCUAUUUGCAUAUCAAAAAACGUCGUAAAGCUGCAUCAGAAGAGAGUAGCUUAAAAAAGCUAAAGAAUUUAAAACUUAAAGAUGGAAGUUCUAUAAAAGAACAUGAUAUAAUACGAAUAAGUAACGAACGCAUUCAAUCAUUAACAAAUCAGGAUGACGGUGUUAUUAAGAAAAAUCCUUUAUUGACUGUCGGGCGACAGUUUCACGAUAACAAAGGUUUUUGUAGCGAAUUGUCGGAUUUAGAAGAUUUUGCUGAUAGUAGUGUACGAAGUGAAGAAAAUAAUUUUAAUAAACAAACAACGUCCGCAGUAAUACACAGAAACUCAAAAGAAAUACGACAUCAAGGUGAUGGUUACGAAAUGAGUCAUCGAGACGAAUCCGGGAUCGAACGUUUGCCCGACGAGCACGUCUCCAUCGUAGAGACAAUAGACGACCGUGAAAUCGCUAGACCAGUGGGAACUACCCGCCGCAAGCUUUACUUCAACCCAGCUUACUUUGAACCUCAUUUAAUGGCAGAUCCCCCUGCUGCCGCAAUCGAGUUUCUAUCGAAAAUAAGAGAAGUGAUGGCAAUUGCCAAACAGAAAAUGGCGUCGAAACGUUUUCAUCCAGUAUUAAAUGGAAUACCAGAAGAAGAAACCUAUGCAUCAAAUAGCAUUGACCUGUACAAUGCAUUUGGCAGCCAACGUAGUGGCAGUGUAAUUAGUUUGAAAAGAAACAAUAGCAGAAAAAGGUCUUCAAAUUGCUUGGGAUGUCCCGGCUGUAAAUCAAGCAAUAGUAAUGAUAUUCAAACCUUUAUAAAAUACAACGUCACGACUUGUAAUAAUUGUAUCGGAGAUAAAGGUGAAAAACAAAACAGCAUACGAAAAUGGCUAGAAAAUAUUCCAAACACCAAAUCUCAAAUCUUUUACAACGAUCAUGCACCAAAUCAAAUUAAAACUAACUUAGCAAAUUCACUUUUGUCGCUACCUAAAAUUGAAAAUCAAUGUAAAUUACAUAAAACUAACAGUUUUAGUGCUUCUCACAGUAGGAAUAUAGACAACUUCUCGAACAAACAAUCAACGUCAAGAUCGGUUAGAUCAGAACCAUCUGUUCGAAACUAUAAUAUACCUUUGCCUGAUUUCGAUAAUGUUGAUACCUUAAGCAAUCACUGUGAGACAGUAUCGAAGGAAGAUGAUAUAACACCUAUUGGACUAAACGAUAGCCGUUCUGGUAGUCUUAGUAGUAAUAUGGAUCAUACAAAACCAAACAAACACUCAUUAAUUAAAAAUAAUACUAGCUUACCAGAUAUGGUCAAUGAAGCUAUAGCACUUGACCAUUUUUCAAGAUCUUCAUAUAAUAUGAGCAGUUCCGAUGAAGAAAAGUUUUCUAAAAAUUCUGAAUCUAAACAAAAUGAAAAUUCUUUUGAAAGAAAUGUUUUGGAUAGUCCUUCGGGAAAUGAAUACGAAACAGAUAGCCUUGAAAGAAAUUCAAAUAAGAAAGGAAAAGUUACACCCGUCGAAUAUCCUGAUGUUCCAUCCUCCCAAGCAAGUCCAAGCUUAAGCAAUGCGUUACCACUAGAAGAAGAACUUAGUGUGAGAAAUGCUAUAUACAAAACAAAUUCAAGUAGCAAUAGCAAUACUCCUUCUCCACUAGGGGAUAUUUGUAUAGGUGACAACCAUUAUGAGACGAUAGAACUAAAGAAAUCAGUCUCACCAGUCGAAUCAACUACUAAUGUAGCUUUAAAGCAUAAUAAUAAUUAUAACUUGGUAAGUGAAGUUUAUGUAAAUAAUAACUAUAAUUUUGACAGUACACCCACAUCUCCGAGUGGAUCGGAAUGUUCAAUGGGAAGCAGAAAACUAAAUUUAUUACAUAGUAUAGAUGAAAAACCUGGUUGUUUAACUAUAGAAGUAAAAGAUCCACCAGAAAAUUACAUAAAAAUUCAUGAAUCUGACGGUUUUGAACCUGAUACUUUAGAUCGCAAAUAUCCUAAGCAAAGAGAAAUAAUAGAAAACAUUCAGUUCAGUCGAAAGGACCUAUUGAAAAAUAUAGACGUAUCUGAACGAAGAAAUAGUCAACGUAUACAACUAAGAAGUAGCGGUACUUUUGUAAAAAAUGAUGGAAAAAAUGAAUCGAUGCCUAGAUUUAAUAGCUUACGAAAUGAUCACGAGCAUCCAAGACACUUUUUGAAUCGUCCAAAACUGUCACCUACUGUUUGCAGUGGUUCCAAAUCACUAGAAGGUACAACGGAUGAUGCUUGCGAUGAUAACGCCGAUGAUUGGUCUUCAGAGGAAGGUCGAAUUUUAACUUUAGAAUUGCGACAUUCUAAAAGACAACGCCAGUCCACUCCACCUACUAUAAAACAAUUAAAAAAUUUAGCCAGACCUGAUAUACUUCCACCUCUUCCACCCACAGAAGACAGUCCUAUUUAUGAAAAACCUAAAAUUCCUCCUAGAAAAGUUCAAUGUGAUAACACAAGUAUCCCAUACCCCAUAAUUUCACAAAAUAGAAACUUGAGUCCGAGAACUAAAAUCACUAACAUGAUGACAGAAUCUGUUGUUUGCGAUAAUUUGUCAUCGAGUAGUUCUAUUUGCCCAUCUUCAAGGAAUCCGAUAAGAGCAUCUAUUCGUUCUCAGUAUUCAAAGUACGAAGAUGUGAAUGCACAUCAAGAAGAAAUAGGUUUUGAUAAUAGCAGAAACUCAACACGUACAUCGAGUAGCCAUAGCAGAAUCAACACUAAUACUUUUGUCCGGGGACAAAAAGGAGAAAAUGUUCAUAGAACAAAAUUUAGACGAAAAAAGGGACCAAAUGUAGAAGAUUCGGGGUAUCUUAGCAGUGACUCCACUAGUUCUAAGCAAGUUCAAAGGAAAUUAGUCAUUACAAAGAUAGUAAGUUGUACUGAAAGUGAUGACACUGAGGACGAAGCUAGAAGUGAAUCCGGUGCGGAAAGUGUAGAAACUCAUUCUGUGUAUUUCGGUAACUGUCAAAAAAUGCAACAAAGUGAGGAAAACACGAGAAACUCUAACAAAAUGAUAACAGAUAAUAAAAAAACAAUAAACGCAAGUUGUGAAAAUAUUAGCCAG